UUCUCUAAGCCCUCGUCCCAGCACUCUGAAGAAUCUUACUCUAUCUUUGUCUCUGUCCCUCGUUAAUUUCCCGCCGGCGCUCUCUCUCCUUCUCCGGCCAACAGUAAUCGGAUUCUUAUCAUUCUCAAUAAACAGAUCGCUCCACAGGUUCUCAUCAGCCUGCUGCAACCCUUACAAAUAAAAAAGCAGAAUAAAGUGGCAUCGGUGGAAAGUGCUCGUAACUCGUUAUAGACCAUCCAAAAGCAGAAUUUCACACAGUGUUCCAAUUCCGUUUUGUUCUAGGCUGCGCCCGUGCAUGUUUAUAGGAAUUUCUGGGUAGUUUUCCAAUUGACAUUGCGUGGAUAAUUGAUCGGAUUCAGAUUUUUUGCUGUGUAUUUGAACUAUUUCUGGGUAACUGCCAUUUCGUUAGGAAGUAGGAAAGAGUGAACUGAAGCUCCCAGAUUGUGCAGCCAUGGUUACUUCCCAGCAACCUAAGAGAAGAGUGGCAUUUGUGCUGAUCGAUGGGUUGGGUGAUGUCUCGAUACCAAAAUUUGGAUUUAAGACUCCUUUGCAAGUGGCCAAAGUUCCUAACUUGGAUGCAAUUGCUUCUGCUGGAGUUAAUGGUCUCAUGGACCCUGUCGAAGUAGGGUUGGGUUGUGGAAGUGACACAGCUCAUCUUUCUCUUUUGGGCUAUGACCCUAGAGUAUAUUAUAGGGGUCGAGGUGCAUUCGAAUCCAUGGGAGCUGGAUUGGCUAUGUCACCUGGAGAUAUUGCGUUCAAGUCGAACUUUGCUACAUUGGACGAGAAGUCGGGAAUAGUAACCAGUAGGAGGGCUGAUAGACACUUUGAGGAGGAAGGGCCAAUAUUAUGCGCAUCACUUGAUAGACUGAAGAUACCAAGUUUCCCAGAGUAUGAAGUUAGAGUGAGGUAUGCCACAGAGCAUAGAUGUGGCGUGGUUGUUAAAGGACCAAAUUUGAGUGGGAAUAUAUCGGGAACAGACCCUUUGAAGGACAACCGCUUGCUUUUGCAAGCAGAGGCUUUAGAUGAUUCUAAGGAAGCAAAGCUUACUGCAGCUGUUGUUAAUGAGCUAUCCAAGGAAAUCUCACGAAUCCUGGUCUCUCACCCAAUAAAUGCAAAGCGUGCAGCGGAAGGGAAGAACAUAGCCAAUCUUGUUCUUUUACGAGGUUGUGGGAUUCGAAUUGAGGUUCCUCCAUUUGAGAAGAAACAUGAGUUGUGGCCAUGCAUGGUGGCUCCCACCAAAAUUAUUGCUGGGCUCGGCUUAUCGCUAGGAAUCGAUAUCCUAGAUGCUCCAGGAGCAACUGGAGAUUAUCGAACACUCUUAACCUCUAAAGCUACUGCAAUCGCAAAGGGACUCUCAGCUCCUUUGCAAUCUUGCCCCAAUGUUUUUGUGCCAGGAGAAAAUGAGCUCAAACCAGGUCGGACAGAUGGUUAUGAUUUUGGGUUCCUUCAUGUUAAGGCAAUAGACGAUGCGGGGCACGAUAAGGCAACUAUAUUCAAAGUUAAGGGAAUGGAAGCUGUAGAUAGAGCAAUAGGACAGCUAGCCAAGCUUCUAUGGAAGGCAGAAUCUACUGGCAAGUUCCAGUACUACCUCUGUGUGACAGGAGACCACUCCACUCCAGUUGAGUAUGGAGAUCACAGCUUUGAGCCAGUUCCAUUUACAAUAUGCAGAUUGAAAGACUUUGUAGGCGCCGUGGGCGGGGAGUCGGUAAUUGCAGGCAUUUCUCUCGACCCGUUUCCCCUCCCGACGAUCGUAGCCAGUGAGGACUUGGACUGGGUUUCAGAAGAGAGAAGCAAAGACUCCCAAGCCUUUGGUGGGGACUCAGUUUGUGAGUUUGAUGAGAUAUCAGCUGCCAAGGGAUGUCUUGGGCGCUUCCCUGGUGGAGAGAUGAUGGGUAUCAUAAAGAGAUUCCUCAAGUUAGAUGCAUGAGUUGCUCAAAUUUCUUCUAUAAUUACUCUGUUCUAAGAACUACAAAUAAAAAUAUUUUGGAAUAAGAGAAAUAUAUUUCCACGACA